GGAAUAAGCAUUCAUCAGCUUAAGUGACUAAAAGUGACCAAAGUGUCAUAAAGACUAGUAAAUCACAAUCGAAGACUACGCAGGAUCAUAUAAAAGCAUGUCAUUCCUCGGAUUUGGCCCUUCAGUUGAGCUAUCAAUAGCCCUCAAUGAAGAGCAAGAUCGCAGGACAGCCGAAGUGAAAGAUCAGAAAGACCGUAAGACUAAUUGUCCAAUUUAUUAUGAUGGCGAGAAUGUUAAUGGUCAGGUAUCGGUUAGAGUUAAGGAUGGCAAAAAGAUAACGCAUGAAGGUAUAAAGGUUGAAUUCAUUGGUACAAUUGAAUUAUUUAAUGAUAAAUCUAAUCAUCAUGACUUUCUCACACUCUCACAAGAACUCGCUGGCGCUGGUGAUCUCCGUUCUUCUCAAACAUUCGAUUUCAAUUUCAAGAAUGUUGAAAAAGCAUAUGAAAGUUAUCAUGGUAUAAACGUUAAUUUGAGAUACCUCAUUAGAGUAACUUUAUCAAGGCGUAUGAAUGAUGUCGUACGCGAGAAAGAACUCUACGUACAUUCACAUCGUAUGCCACCUGAAAUUAACGACGUUAUUAAAAUGGAAGUCGGUAUUGAAGAUUGUUUACACAUUGAAUUCGAAUAUAGCAAAUCAAAGUAUCACCUUAAAGAUGUCAUAGUUGGAAAGAUAUUCUUCUUAUUAGUUAGAAUUAAAAUAAAACAUAUGGAAUUAUCGAUAAUAAAGCGUGAAAGCACUGGAAGUGGUCAUAAUCAAUACAAUGAAUCUGAUACAAUAACAAAGUAUGAAAUUAUGGAUGGUGCACCAGUAAGAGGUGAAACCAUCCCAAUACGACUCUUCCUCGGUGGAUUUGACUUAACACCUACAUUCAGAGAUGUCAAUAAGAAAUUCUCUGUAAGAUAUUACCUCAAUUUGGUUCUCAUAGAUGAGGAGAAUAGGAGAUACUUCAAACAACAAGAAAUAACAGUCUACAGAGAUGAAGAUCUUUCAUAACAAUCUUGAAUUUGUACAAAGAAUGAAUAUACCCAUGUCCAUAUUUGAAUAUGCGUAUAUCGCGUACU